AUAAAAACAGAAAGUAGUGCUCGGCCGAUACGAUGAUUCGUUAUCUGCUUGCAAAGUAUUUAGUUUUAUUUGCAUAGUUAUCUCGAAUCCAAAUCAAAACUAGAAUCUCUACACGUGCACCAUGUACUUAAGCACCUUAUUAUUUUUGAUACUUAACUUUUACAUUGUGGCUCCGGAUUGCGGCUGCGACGUGAGCCGCACCGACGGUGAUGAACACUGUGAUACAAAGGGCGAAAACCUUUACACAAAGGAAUCAAAUGAAUUGCCUAUUGAGGACAAUAACAAUACUUGGUAUACAGGUUUUGAAAAGAUGGUGCUGAUUAAAAGGGCUGAUUUUGAGAUGGGAACAAAUGAGCCAGUGUUUGAGAAUGAUUUUGAGGAUCCUGUGAGGAAUGUCACUGUGGGCUCCUUCUAUUUGGAUAUCUAUGAGGUGUCCAAUAAGGAUUUCAAGAUAUUUGUAGAGGCUACAGGUUAUAAGACGGAAGCUGAAGUAUUUGGGGAUAGCUUUAUUUUUGAACAGCUGAUCACGGAGGAGGAGAGAGAGUCUCUGAAGGAUUUUAGAGCUGUGCAAGCACCUUGGUGGGUGAAGAUGAAAGGGGUGACUUGGAUGCAUCCAGAAGGUCCUGAAAGUAAUAUACUAGAUAGGAUGGAUCACCCAGUAAUUCAUGUUUCUUGGAAUGAUGCUGUUGCCUUUUGCAAACAUCUAGGAAAGAGAUUGCCCACUGAAGCCGAGUGGGAAAUGGGGUGUCGCGGCGGUCUCAGGCAAAGGCUGUACCCGUGGGGUAACAAGUUGAACGCCAAGGAUAAACACUGGGCUAACCUUUGGCAAGGGAAUUUUCCCGAGACGAACACGGCUGAAGAUGGCUUCAUGGCCACCGCCCCCGUUACCGAGUUUCCGCCCAACAGGUUCGGUCUCUACAAUAUGGCAGGCAACGUCUGGGAAUGGACGCAAGAUACUUGGACGUCUAACAAGGCGCUCAGAGUGAAGAAGGGCGGUUCGUAUUUAUGCCAUCGCAGUUACUGUUGGAGGUACAGAUGCGCGGCCCGAUCGCAUAAUACGCGCGACACUUCCGCCGGAAAUCUGGGCUUCCGGUGCGCCGCCAAUGUUCCUUACGAAAUCUACUAAUAGCAAAACAAUAAUAAACUCCAUCUGGCAGUGUGUACUCAAAACAAAGAAGAUGAAAGAUUUCAGUUCUUUUUGAUUCCCGUCACUUGUACUUAAAAAAAACAAUAACUAAAAGAAAUAUAACAACAAAAAUAUCCUGCCUAUCUCAGAAUGUCUUCCAGCAUACGCGAAUGAAUAUAUGUAUUUUAUUUUUUAUGAAAACCAAAUAAACUGUUAAACCAA